AUGGAAGAUGAUUCUGAGGAAGAGAGGGAGGAGGAGAGAAAGUGGGUGGCGCGUGUCCUGCAGUUUGGCCGCUACACGACGGCCAAACUGCUGGCACGCGGUGGAAUGGGCGCUGCCUUCCGAGUCACAGUGCGUGACCGGUCGGCAAGAGCUUUGAAGCUGGCAUUGCCAAUGGCCAGCGGAGAAGGUGAUGUCUUUCUGAAGGAGGCCAGGGCCAGCCAGGGCAUCAGGUUCAUCGAGAUGGAGCUUUUGGAUGGCGAUCUCCAUACAGAGAUCAGGAAGCACCGCUUGGGCCACUUGCCGCCGGAGAUGUGCGGGAAAUUCCUGAAGCACAUCACGUCCGGUUUGAUGCACCUUCACAGCAAACGGUUGAUACACCGGGACAUCAAACCCGGCAACAUCUUUGUGAGCGGCAGCAUCGCAAAGAUUGGGGACUUCGGACUGACAGUGGAGAUGGGGCCGAAGGUGACGGUGUGCGGAACACCUUUACCCUAUGACAUCUGGUAUUCGGUGGUUCCUAUGAGCUUCAGAGCCGACAUUUGGGGCCUGGGAUGCGUGCUGUAUGAGAUGAUGUCCGGAGAGCUGUUGUUCGAGGACCUGCCGACAGAGGAUGCCGUAGUUCCUUCGAUUAACUGGAAGACCCGCCGCAAAAAGGCAAAGGCUAAGAAAAAGGCGGAGGGUGGCAGUGGCAAGGUGACAGUGACGAAAGCGAAGACGGAGGACGACGAUGGCAGUGAGGAAACAAAUUUGGACCAUGACAAUGGAGACGAGAACCUCUAUUUGGAGCUGAACAAGUUGGUUACCCGCGCCGUUGGAAAAGAUGACAGGCAGAAGCGUGCGCGGCGAUUUGAAGGGGUUGCUUGUGCUGCAUCCAAACAGUUUUGUCGCUAUUGUCGUCAUCAUUGCUGUCGUUGGCAUUGGUCAUUAUUGAAUCAAAUUUAA